CGUCACAGCAUAUUGAUUGUCGUCUCCCAAGCAUUGUUUCAUCAUGGUCAUGGGUGAUAUCUCAUGAGUGAUGGAUAAGGUCAGCUGGUCCUAUCACUGUAACGUCUGAGUCUGAUCUUUCUCAAGCCGGGCUUUUGCUAUAUUUUUAACAGUUGUGAUAUUUUUUGUGGGUGAGACGAUUAAUACGUGUAAAGGGUAUCGUGAUGAAAUGAGAGCCGCGGUAGACGGAAAUGAGAUCAUUCUGGGUGAAUCACCCGGUGUUUUGAAGGGGAACAUUCACCUCGUCGUCAAUCGAUAUUUUGACGGGUCCGUCCGAAAGAGCCGAGUCGGCUAUUCAAAAUAUGAAGUCGAGGACGUGGAAAAACCCCUGACCGAUGGAGGAAGUUGUGAGCGGCACGAAAAAAUCACCGUCGAGAUGCCGUCGGAGACUGCAAGGAUUGAGCCAUUUUUUGGGAAGGAACAAACGAAUCGGCUGCCUGCCCAUGCCGAAUAACGACAGCGUCGAAAAGAUAUCCUCGAGCCAAGAGGGCGACCUCGAAAUUAAAGGGGUCCUGCCCAAAAAAGAACGGGACCGCUCGUCAUCCAAGGAGGCGGCACCAGACCAGAACAACCAGACAAGCACUAACGUCUCACUUUGCUGCGCUAUCACGGAAAACUCCCGGACUCCGGUUCACGUCCAGGCCAGGUCCAGGGCGGAGAGAAAUCACGACAUGAACAACAUUGUCAUGAAUACAGAUUCUCACAACAACGGCUCUGAUGAAAUUAAUACUUCACCAGCUACCGGAUUUUCGCUUAAUUCAUCAUUUAAUAAUAAGCUUCCUCCUAAUGGGCUUAUUGCACCGAAAGAAAAUCCCAAGUUGGUCGUCGAGCCUUCCAUGACUCAGUCGCACGUUCAGCAAAUGGCAAAGGCUAAAAGAUCGCACCGGAGAUCGUUCAGUUUGAGCAAAAGUAUUUUUUCAUCGGCGGAGAAAACCGGUGAAAAGAAUAACUCGCUGUCAUCGACUCCUGGGCCGUCUCCAGAAGGUUCCCCCUUGUUGACUGCACACUCGAGUAAUAUAAAUAAGUGUCUCCUUUCAAGACAAUCGGUGGAUAACAUAGUGAUAUCGUCAAGUACAUCUUCUCCUCUUUCAACAAGGAGCAAUCCUCCAAAUGACGAUGUCAAGAAGAAGAAAACUCGCCCAGCUUCUCUCAUAGUACUAUCACGCAAAGACAAGGGCGAGCCUUCAAGAACAGCUUCUAUGGACAGUUUAGCGAGGCAGUCACUUCUUGCAGCCCAAGUGCUUCACCUUAUACCAUCAAACAAAGCUCGUGAAAGGAAUUUUCUGUGUGGUCGAAUCGCUGCUAACUCUCUUCUUGGUAAUGUUGAGUUAGAGAGAGUGUUACCACAGAGAGAAGUUAGGAUAUAUGUCGCUACUUGGAAUAUGAAUGGCCAGGCUCCGCCACAAGGUUUAAAUUCGCUUUUAUUGCCAGAAGGAGUGCCUCACGUCCCUGACAUUGUUGUUGUCGGAACUCAAGAAAGCUACCCCGAGAAAGGUCAGUGGGAAGUGACUCUUCAGGAAACUUUAGGACCGUCGCACGUCCUUUUCCACUCGUCCAGCUUUGGGACCUUACACAUUGCGAUCUUUCUUCGCAGGGAUCUCAUAUGGUUUUGUUCAGUUGCCGAUGAAGCCACUUAUAGUGUAAGGCCUGGGACUGCAUUCAGGACAAAAGGAGCAAUAGCCGUCGCGUUCUAUCUCUUUGGAACAACGUUUUUAUUCCUUACAUGCCAUCUCACAGCUCAUCAAGAUAAGGUUAAAGAAAGGCUUCAAGAUAUAAGAAGGAUAGUCAAAGCUCUUGAAUUGCCAAAUAGACUCACGUGCAGGCAUAAAAAUAAAGAUGUUACAGACAAUUUCGACUAUGUUUUCUGGAGUGGAGACUUAAACUUCAGACUCACCAGACCGAGGGAAGAAGUUAUAGACUGGGUCUCGCAGAAAACUUUUCCAUUGUCAGAACCUGCACAGUGUACUCCUGGAGACCAAUUAACAGACAGUAUAGUCGACGGUAGUAUUUUAAAGGGUUUUGAAGAAGGCCCUUUAACAUUUGCUCCGACUUACAAGUAUGAUCCAGGCUCUAUGAAUUUUGACACAUCAAACAAACAGAGGGUGCCUUCAUAUACGGAUCGUAUUUUGUACAAGACAAAAAGAAUUGGAUCUGAAAAUGCAGUCGAGUGUUUAGCUUACAGUUCCGUGCCUUCGGUUUGCACUUCAGAUCAUAAACCGGUCUGGGGUUUGUAUAGAUGUCCGAUAAGACCAGGAAUUGAUACCAUACCGUUAAAUGCAGGAUUGUUUAAUAGAGAGAUAUAUCUUGAAGCGAUAAAGCGGCGAGCUUCUGCUUUAGAUCAACAGGAUUCUACUUCUGCAGUCUGUUCUAUACAGUAGCCUUUUUGUUAAUAAAUGUUAAAGUUAAUCUUGAAUCGAAGAUAUAUUUUUUAAAAUCGAAAAUAAAGGCUGACAGUUGUUUUAGCUUUUGAAAAAAAAAUCUUUAUGGUAAAUCCAAAUUUUAAUACAAUAUCUAUAUAAUAUAUUCUUGUCAGUUUAACUUCGAACAUUCUUAAACCUCUUGGAAACUCAAUAUUACACUAAGGAAAACAAAAAGCAAUAUAUUUAUUUGUAAAUUAA